GGAGGAGCACAAGGAGAAGGAGGAGCUCGUGUUUUUCCGGCGGAGCUCGUGUGUCGGAAGCGCACGCGCGUUACUUGCUAAGUCGAACAGAAAAGGGAGAUCUCAAUGGCGAGCAUUUUCCCUUCACCCUUGAUCAAGCAUGAAAACAGAGCAGACAGUCCUCCAGUCUUAAUGCAGGGGAGGCAGAUCAACCUGCCUGCCAGUGAUCACCCCCCCACUAAUCAAGCUCCUUUGGCCAGUCCUCCCACUCAGGAAGACCUGUGGCAUCUGCCUGGACGACUAAGAAUAAACCCAUCUCUGUGGGAUAAGGAGGAUGUUGCCCACUGGCUCCACUGGGCUCAGAAGGAGUACUCGCUGCGCCGGCCAGAAAAGGGUCAUUUCGAGAUGAACGGCAGAGCCCUGUGCCUGCUCACCAAAGAAGACUUCAGACGCCGCUGUCCUAGCUCAGGGGACGUUCUCUAUGAGAUUCUUCAGUGUGUGAAGCAAAAAAGACGGAGCGUCGUCUGCGAGCCCCCGAGUGUUUCUCCUUCUGCGACAGCCAGACACAUUCAGGAUCCAACCAGCUGCCAGAAAUCUCUCUACACACUCAAAGAGCCACAGCCUGUGACUGUCAGUGACCCCACCGUUCCUGCCGCUGCCAGCACGGCAGUGCCUGUGGUGGUUGGAGCCACAGUGUGCAGCCAACCAGAGCCCAUCACGUCUCCUCUCAGAGAACGCCCUGUUGUCUUCCAUUAUUCUGCUCCACUCACGCAUAAUAAUGGGUCUGCGUCUGUCUCUGCAAUCCCUCACAACCCCGUCCAAAAUCUUCCCUCAAAAGAGGGGGUGAUUCAGGAACCUCUCAACCUGUCCAGUCGAGAGAAGCCGAGGAGCCCGCUGCACAAAGCCAACGGUAAAAUACCAGAGUGCAGACUGCUGUGGGAUUAUGUUUACCAGCUGCUGUGUGACGAACGUUACCAAGACUACAUACGAUGGGAAGAUCCGGACAGCCACGUAUUCCGGGUAGUUGACCCCAAUGGACUGGCGCGUCUCUGGGGGAACCACAAGAACCGGGAAAACAUGACCUAUGAGAAAAUGUCCCGUGCUUUGCGGCACUACUACAAACUCAACAUCAUCAAAAAGGAGCGAGGACAAAAACUGCUCUUCAGGUUUCUGAAGCUCCCGCUGGAUAUCAAGAAAACUCAAAAUGACACAGAGUCUCCAGAAAACACUCACGAUGAGGACUUCCCAGACAGCAGUCCUACACACGAGUUCARCGAGGAUCAUUUUGAGGUUUCACCUGAUCGAGCUUCUCCACUGCCCCCUCCGACGGGUGCUGCAGUGGGGUAAAAACACGUGGACAAAAAUGCAACUUUAACAACUGUAACAGAAUAAAUAAUAGUGCAUUAAACAUAUUCAGCUUUAAAACAUGAAUGUAAAGGUUGGACAAACAUAACAGCAACAGACAUUGGAAGAAAAUAAGUGAUUUUUAUGCUUUUUGUGUGAAUGAACACUAACAGUAAGUUUUAUGGAAAUCUGUGGAAAAAAAUAGCAUCAGUAUUUAUCAAAAUAAUCAUCCUAYUGUCAACUUUACAUUGCUCAGUCCUGGCUGCAGUUCUGUUUGGGGUUUUAUGUGCAUAAACUAUACAAAUCUUGCAGGUAAGUCAUGUCUGUGAUUGGGGUUUUGUUGCAGGUUGUCAAAAAAGGUGGAGUGAUACAGAAAUUAAUAAUUUAUGUUUGCUCCAGGUUUACCUUUAAGCAAACGUAUAUGGUGUUUAAAGAGAAUUUCAGUUGUUCUUCUGUUUUGCUUUUAAAAAUAAAUAUUUUUUUAGAUUGGAA